AUGAAUCAACUGACUGUUUCGCCUCAGCUUGAAGCAAAGGCCUUGAAUAUUCUCAAUGCAAAGAACCCUCUUGAUCUUACAGACUUUUCUCCUGUUGAUUACUUUAACAAGCUCUUUCCAAAUGAACAAUCGCUUGUCUCUGUUGACAAUGUGCUUGAAAAACUAGAAGCGAAAAUCAAGGAAACAAACCGAGAAGCAGAGCGAAUUACAGACAUUCAGACAAUUAAAGAAAAUCAACAUGUAGAAGGAGAUCUCGAUAAAGCCAAAGAUGCCAUCAAAGAACUAUUUAAACAGAUACAAGAUAUCAAAUCAAAGGCAACUCAGUCAGAAUCCAUGGUACAAAACAUUACUCAAGAUGUGAAAUCGCUUGAUUAUGCAAAACGCCAUCUGACUCAUUCCGUCACCGUUCUCAAACGACUUCAAAUGUUGGUCACAGCUGUCAACCAGUUGGAGGAUUUAUCCAAAAAUAGACAAUAUCAAGACAGCGCUCAGUUAUUACAGGCCGUGGUUCAAUUGAUGCAACAUUUCAGACAAUACAAAAGUGUGGUGCAAAUUAGGCAGUUAUCCGAUCGAAUUCAUCGGUUAAAGAGCUACUUGGAAGAUUGUGUGUUGAAGGAAUUUGAGCAAGGAUUUAGUGCUGACGGUGCAUUGGUCGGUCAAGCUUGGAUCUUGCAUGAUGCCUGUUUGGUCGCUUCCGUCUUGAGCGAGUCAACAAAGGAAAAGAUGAUUAAGCGAUAUGUGGAUCUUCAGCUAAAGAGUUAUCGACAGAUAUUCAGUAGACCUACAGAAGAAGUGUCUCAGUUAGACAAUAUAUCACGUCGAUACGCAUUUUUGAAGCGUAUUUUGAAAUCAUGUAGUGAGGUCAAUAUAUUUCCGGAUCAGUGGGCAGUAAAUGCAAGGAUAUCUGAAAAGUUUUGUGCUUGUACAAAGGUAGAUCUUGAAGCAGUCAUGAAGAAUAAUGUGCCAAAUGUACAAGAUUUUUUGAAAGCGCUGCAAUUGACCAUUGAAUUCGAAUCGCAAUUGACUAAACGCUUUGAAAAGAAUGGUGCCUUAAAUUUUGAAAAGGCGAUUUCAUCUGGUUUUGAACCUUAUUUCUACCUUUACAUUAAUGCAGAAGACGCAACUAUUUCAUCCAUGAUUGAUUCCUAUGCACAGUCAGAUAUAGCGAUUGCAAACUUGGAAGAUGAUAAUACGAUGGUCGUGUUACCAUCAAGUACAGACUUGUUUUACUUUUAUAAAGAAACACUCGUUCAAUGCUCCAAGUUUUCAACCGGUAAAGUGCUAUUAGACCUUUCCAAAGUGUUUGCCAAAUACUUGAUCGGCUACUGCAAUAAGGUUAUCUUGGGAGGCAUAGCAAUAAAUGAAAAGAAAUCUAUUGAUUAUUUCAGAUUAGCCAGUUUAAGUCUGAAUACAGCAGAUUAUUGCAGCAUAACCACACAGCAGCUUGAGGACAAACUAAAAGAAAAGAUUGAUAGGGAAUAUGUCGACCAAAUAGAUUUUACAAACGAAAAGGAAAGAUUCUUGCAAGCAAUCUCGUUAUGUAUUGAUGCCAUCAUUAAAAGUAUAGACCAGGUAUUGGACACACAGUUUUUGCAAAUGACAAGAUUACCAUGGGGGACUAUGGAUAGUGUUGGAGAUCAAUCUGAUUACGUCACUCAGAUAAUGGAUAUUAUCAAGCGAUAUACAACCAUCAUUGGUAAAACCGUAUCUAAUAAACGGUAUUAUCGUACCUUUUGUGACAGGUUUGCAGAAUGGCUUAUUACGAAAUACAUUUCACAGAUAUUCAGAUGUAAGCCUAUUUCAGAGAUUGGAGCCGAACAACUCCUGUUGGAUACACAUUCUAUCAAGACAUUGUUAAUGGAUAUACCGUCAGCAGGUUCUUCUGGCGAUGAUGCACCAAGAACCAUUCCUAGUUCUUAUAGCCGUAUUGUCAGCAACGGUAUAUUAAAAGUAGAAGCUAUUCUCAAAACGACGAUGUCACCCAUCGAGCCACCCGAGGCAUUUGUCGAGAACUACUUGCUACUUGUCAAGGAUAAGCACAUUGGCAAUUUUACGAGAAUACUUGAUCUAAAGGGCAUCAGAAAACCUGACCAAGGGCCGAUCAUGGAUGCGUUCCAAAGACGCGUCCCGUACCAUGACAAUUUAUCUGAUAACUCACACAUGAUACCACCUGAAAGUGCAUCACCUGUUCACCAAAACACAAUGAUUCCUAGUUCGAUCACGACGUCAUUUUCAAAUAUUGCCUCUACGGCUGCAUCCUCUAUCAAGAAUAAUAAUAACAUGCCGCUUGGCCUGUCCCCUACAGAAAGUACGCGUGGUAAAUUGAAUGAGAACUUUAGAAAGUUAGUGAUGACAGGCAUGGCCUUUCGAAAAGACUUGCAAGAAAAAAGAGGAGAAUCAGGAAAAGAAUAA